ACCGCGAAGGAUGAUUUGGGGAAGGAUGAAUGGAGGCAAGAAAGAGACCAUUCCGACGAAAAAACUGAUUUUGUAGUUGAGUCCGGUGAUCAUGGUGUUCCACAUGAGGAUGUUGUGGAUGAGAAUGAGGGUAUUGGCAAAGUUGGCCCCUCGCAGGAUGUAGCUGCUAUGACUUCAGAUCCGACAAAAGGGGGUGGUUUGACGGAUGGUGAUGGUGAUGGUCGAAUAUUACGCGUUAAGUUCAAAACUAGCAAGCUUUCCUCACCAUACGUUGACUACCGGGAGAAGAAAACUGAGAAGCAAUUACAGGUGAAAUACGAAAAUUGGAAGAAGGAGAAGAAAUCUCCAAAGUUAAACGUUGGGCUAGAACCUACUUGGUAUCAAGGGCCAAAAUAUUUUAAAGCAAUUGAGGGUGUCAGGACUAUGCUUUCUAAUGAACAUAUCGAUCCGUUUUUGGACGUGCUUUCUCGGAGGUUGUACAGUGGGGUCAAAUUGAAGUCGGGAGUAUCUGCUUCAAGAAUUAACAUUCAGGAUUGCGCUCUAUUUCGCUUGUUGUCAGAUCAAUGGAAACUGCUUCAUCCCGACGAUCCUCAAUGUAGGCAGAUCUAUCCAGACGACGCAAAUUAUGAGAGAUGGAAUGUUCCUCCGGUUCUGGUCAAAUAUGUUCGUGGUAGUGCUAUUCGUUGGGGAUCUCCUUGGCAUACAAAUCCCGAUGUCAUUUUGGUAUGUAAUGUUGACGAACAUUGGGUGGUGUGCCGGGUACGGUUAUUGGAUUGGGAGAUCGAGCUUUACGACUCCUUAAGCCACCUUUCAUCAUCGAAGGCGAGUAAUGACCGAAAGCUUAUGUUGACCCCUCUCCGACGACUACUUCCUACACUACUUCACCGGUCCGGUUACUUUGAAACUAUGAAUAUUCCGCCCAAGUUAGAUGCCUUAUCGAUUAAGAGAAUGCCGAGUGAAGUUCGAUUUGUUCAAGAGGAUAUCCAUAAUUGUGGUGUAUUUGUUUGCAUGUACGUUGAACGUAUGCUUGGCGAGGACAUUCCCCGGAAGCCGGACAUAAGUCUAUAUAGACGGAAAAUGGCAUUAGCAAUUUUUGGUCAUAGUAUUCCCGUGUCGAAGUAGUGUCAUCUUUUGUUGUGGAUUUUUGUUUCUAUGGCAAUUAAGCGUACUGAUUCGUUUCUGGACGUGAAUGUGCAGCAUAGUUAGUGAAAUUGUGAUAACAUUUUCAAAUAUUGUGUUGCUAUUUUUUUANCUAUGGCAUUUUUGGUCAUGUUGAUUUGCAGUGCAAAAUU